GGGGGGUGGGAGGGGGGGGAGCGCGAGAGUGAGUGAGUGGCUGAGUGAGUUUACCCCUAUGAGGCGGUGAGAGGCCCGGGGCCUACCUCAGAGGAGCGGGGUCGCGGCGCCGGCUAGCAGCGGGCCCCCUCCCGGUCCCCGGGCCCGGCGGCGCGGCGGCAGCUCAGUUGUGAGGAGGCGGGGAAGCGAGUGUCCGGCCCCAGCCAUGGAGGGCAUGGACGUGGACCUGGACCCCGAGCUGAUGCAGAAGUUCAGCUGCCUGGGCACCACCGACAAGGACGUGCUCAUCUCCGAGUUCCAGCGGUUGCUCGGCUUCCAGCUCAACCCGGCCGGCUGCGCCUUCUUCCUGGACAUGACCAACUGGAACCUACAAGCAGCAAUUGGCGCCUAUUAUGACUUUGAGAGCCCAAACAUCAGUGUGCCCUCUAUGUCCUUUGUUGAAGAUGUCACCAUAGGAGAAGGGGAGUCGAUACCUCCUGAUACUCAAUUUAUAAAAACAUGGCGAAUCCAAAAUUCUGGGGCAGAGGCCUGGCCUCCAGGGGUUUGUCUUAAAUAUGUCGGGGGAGACCAAUUUGGACAUGUGAACAUGGUGAUGGUGAGAUCGCUAGAGCCCCAAGAGAUUGCAGAUGUCAGCGUCCAGAUGUGCAGCCCCAGCAGAGCAGGAAUGUAUCAGGGACAGUGGCGGAUGUGCACUGCUACAGGACUCUACUAUGGAGAUGUCAUCUGGGUCAUUCUCAGUGUGGAGGUGGGUGGACUUUUAGGAGUAACGCAGCAGCUGUCAUCUUUUGAAACGGAGUUCAACACACAGCCACAUCGCAAGGUAGAAGGAAACUUCAACCCGUUUGCCUCUCCCCAAAAGAACCGACAAUCAGAUGAAAACAACUUAAAAGACCCUGGGGGUUCCGAGUUCGACUCGAUCAGCAAAAACACAUGGGCUCCUGCUCCUGACCAAACCGAGCAAGAUGAGAAUAGACUCUCACAGAACUCUGUAAAUCUGUCCCCCAGCAGUCACGCAAACAACUUAUCAGUAGUGACUUACAGUAAGGAAUCUCCUCUACCCUAAGAGAUGGCCAUGAGAGAGCCUGCAUCUCACCUGGAUUCUAGCACACUUGCUAUUACAUGAGAUCUUGGGGACUAGAAUUUCAAAUAGCAAAUAGCCUUUUCUGAAGUUUGUAAUGAAAGGGAAGUCAAACUCAACCAACAUCCUUCAUCUCCUUGUAGGACUUUAAAUAAUAUCUUUUCAUUCACAAUUAUGUUUGAGUUUUAUUCUUCCUGGUGAUUUUCUUGAUUUGUCAGGGGGUGGGUGAAGGCUCUGGGAGUUCCCUUUGGCCAUGGGGAGCUUGGGGGGAUGGGAGGAUGAAUGACAGAGGAAGAAUGGAAGGAGGAUGGAGGAUGUCUGGAGGGAGGAUGGAAAGGUGGAUGAUGGAGGAAGAACAGAGGAUGGAUGCAUGGCAAAGGAUUGGAUGGGUGGUUAGAGGGAGGAUGGAUGGAUAGAUGCGAAGGUCCCCAGCAGGACUGUAGAAGUUAGUUAAGAGCAACAGAAAAACUGUGUUAUAGAGAUAAGUAUAAAAAAUGCUUUUACAGGGCUUUUAAAACAACAUUUCACCACGCUUAUAACUGAGUUACGCUUUUAAGCACAACUUUGGCACAAUCAGAAGGCUGUGAACUGAGCCUGCCCCAUGAGCAGCCUUCAUGCAUAAAAGUACGUUUAUUUUCUUUUCUUUGGCUUGUUCUCAUACUUGUCUUCAGCCACUGCAUCUUUGAAAUUUUGAGGACAGUCACAUGAAAGUGGCUUGGACACCAGUGUUAAAGCAUCUGCAGAAGUUCCCAUCAUGAUGAUCUGGCCCUGAUGAUAUUCCACCAGCAAGCCUUCUUGUGCGGUCAGCAUCCAUCGAGGGAAGGGCGCUGCUUUGAGUGCUCCUGAGAGAAGAGUCCUCAUUGCCCUGCCCAUUACUCCAGUACAGACUUGAUUUCUAAUUAAUGAGAGACAAGUGGGUUCGAUCAGGGCUUGGUCAGUCUCUGGCCCUUGCCAGCCAAGCCAGCCCCAUGAGCAGGGCCUCACCACACCAUGUUUGCAGUACAGGAUCAGGACAGAACUUAAUACUAAACCCUGUAUUCUUCUGUGUUUGCAUUCAGUGUACAUAAAUGAUACAAAAGGAGCACUAGGUGGGCGAAGCGCCGCCUGGGACUAGCCCAGGAAAUGAGAAAGGAGGAGGAGGGCCCUGGUGGUUAUCUGAUGCUGCCAUCAGUAUACACCUCGAGAGCGUAUUAUUUCACAGUCAUGCAGCAAACGCUCCUCUCUUUUUAUUAACCAGUGUGAACCUUUUUAUUUAUCUAAAUCAAAUCACAAAUAAAAGCAAAAUAAGACAGGUAUGUGAAAGUUUUCAUGUUGUGGUGCUUUAUCUAAACAGGCUUUCAUAUAGAAAGAGUACCCUCAAAAGCCCUCGUAAGACAUUGUUGUUUCAUUAGGAAUUUUAGCCUUCUUUUUUUUUUUCUCCUGGAAGGUUAAACAGAGAUGGCUCAGCAGUGCAGAGUAUUUCACAGUUCAUUCAUUCAUUUUACUGACACUUGUGUCUUACUAUGUGCAAGGUACAAAUAACUGGCAGAAACAGGUUUCACUGGACUUUCCUGACGGUCAGUCCAGUGGUUAAGACUGUACUUCUAAUGCAGGGGGUGCGGGUUCGAUCCCUGGUCGGGGAACUAGGAUCCCACGUGCCACGUGCAUGGUACAGCCAAAAAAAGAAAAGAAAAGAAAAAAAGAAACAGGUUCCACUGUCGUAAAAGGGCAGCUUUCUCCUCUGAUAGCACUGUACUCCCUACUGCUGAACAUUGAUGAGUAAACGUCUAAAAAUAUUCUAGCUGAGGGACUUCCCUGGUGGUCCAGUGGGUAAGACUCCAUGCUCCCAGUGCAGGGGGCCCGGGUUCAAUCCCUGGUCAGGGAACUAGAUCCCACGUGCAUGCCAAAACUAAGAAAUGCUCAUGCUGCAACUAAAGAUCCCUCAUGCUGCAACUAAACAUGCUGCAAUGAAAAUCCCAUGUGCUGCAACUAAGACCCAGCGCAGCCUAAAUAAAUAAAUAAUUUUUUUAAAAGUUCUUUAAAAAAAUACAUUCUAUCUGAAACAAAAUAGUUUCCUGUUUUUUUAGUACUCCUUUUUGGAAAAGUUAUUUUGAUUUCUGUAUAAUUUUAGGAAGAACUUUUAAGUUAUUGUAGGUACCCACUCACAUAAGAUCAGUGAUAACCAAAUCACCGGCUGGGAGUGACUCUACUAUUCCACAGGGGCAACUAUAAACUACUGUGACAAACAAAUCAAAAAGAUAGUUUUUAUUUUUAGUUUGCUUUGAGGACAGGCCCACAAGUACUGGAUCUUAAAUUGUCCUUUUGGGAGAUUGUGAUGAGUGAAACUGAGCUUGCUUGUCUUUUAUGUCUAUAAGUGUUCUCUUUUAAAAAUAUUUUAGAAAAUUAGCCAAAUUAUGACUCACAGUAGUUAUUCCAUUGCAGAAGUUCAGCUCAGGACCUGGCCCCACUACCGUAAUCAUUCAGCUGGCUUGAGGCCAAGGUCUCUUCCCAGACACCCAUGAGUAGGGAGCCCCCUCUGUCUUAGCUGGCAGGUAUGGAGCUCCCAUGCUUUAAGAGGGCUCACCUGCCCUGUAGCCAAGUCGAAUUUAGGUCCCAGGGCUCACAGCCAUGACAGCUGUUCAGUGAAAGCUUAGGGAAGACUGAGGCAAACAGGCAACACCUCAACCCCUGUGGACCUAAAACCUGUCUCUCCUUCGCCAGGAACACUUUCUUGUCCCCUAGCAGAUGUGGGGCUACUCCCAAGAAAUGUAGCCUUUGAAAAGCCAUUUCUGUGCAAGUUGACCCUGGGGAGCUGCUCUUUAGACCUGGAGUCAGAUAGAGGAGUUCUUUUCUUGGCUUGGUCAUUUACACCUUCUAUUAAUAUGCAUAAAUCCGGCCUUGCUGCUAGUUCCUAUGUGGUGAGAGGUGAAUCCUCAUAGAGAAGAGGGUGGUCUUCUGCAUCAAACUAACUGAGUUUUGUAAUCAUGCUGCGAUGGCCUCCAUUUCUGCUUGUAAGAGUUUAAUUCAGGGCUUUGUGUGGUACCAUCUGAUGCAUCCAUCCCUUGAUCUGUUUUCCUUAUUAGUGGCACACCUGUUAUAGGAGAGAUAUCAAGGAUGCCACCAGGUUAAUGAAAAUGUUUGGCAUUUGCUUUUCCUGUGGGUAAAAUUUGAAGAGUUGUUAGGCUCCAGAAGACAGUGAACACUAUCUGUAUUGCCAAACCCUACUUUUGGGCUUGGGUUGGAGACAUUAGGCACCAGAACCUGUUACACGGGGUCUUGGAACUCCAGUGGAACCUGAAAUGUGGAUGGGCAUCUCGUUUCAAAUAUACCUUCAUCCCACUCUUAAGAAAGGCACUUCCUGCUUGGCCUCCUGCCAUCGGAUGCCCUGGACAAGCUGUUCUUGGAAUCUCCGCCAGGCUUUUUCUCUAUAACUGGUGUUGCAUUGCCUGUGUUCUAUGAUCCACUUGUGACACCUGUAAUCCUGCAUGUGGGGAGUCUAGAUGAUAAAGUAAUUCUGAGAUAGAAUUGGCUCCCUCUCUCUUCCUUGAAGUGAUAGUAAUUUAUCUGGGGGGGAAGGAAAAUAGAGCUUGUUCCUCAAGCCAUGUUUCUGCGCCAGUUAAACAUCAACAACUCCAAUAUGCCAUUCUCUGGAUGAAAGGGAAUUAGAUAGCAUUUUUCUUUCCAAAAGGCACAGCACCUCAGUCAAUAAAUAGAGGAUCAACAUUAAUUCUUAAUCUAAGCUAGUUAAAUACUACACUGAAUGGUCUAAGGGCCCGGGCAUUCAGGGGGGAAUCUGAAAAUGCCCAUGUCUGUAUUGCUCUCUCUGCCAAUUGCAUGGGAUCCAUUUAUCUGUAAAAUGGGAAUGCACAACAGCUCCUUGGCAAAGUCAUGAACUCCCUUCUCCAAGCAUUCCAGACAAGUCACAAGGCUAGUGCUUGCUUUAUAAAGGCCUAUGUGAAGAGUGUGGAGCUUUGGUCUGGAAAGCAGGUAAAUUUAGGGUAAAGGGGAAAAAAAUUCAUAGAAAACAAAUGCUGUUUGUUUUUCUACUUUCUUUUCUCUGUGCGUGUUUUCCUGCACAAAGACUUUUGAGCGUCUUACUGGUUCUAAAUCGUAUGGGAAUCUGAGCCUUUGUUGCUGUCCUUGGAUUGUUGGGAUGAAUGAAUGUUGGUUGGGAAGUACUGAGGGCAGCUUGUGGUUUUUUUUGUUUGUUUGUUUUUUGUUUGCGGUACGCGUGCCUCUCACUGUUGUGGCCUCUCCCGUUGCGGAGCACAGGCUCCGGACGCGCACGCUCAGCGGCCAUGGCUCACGGGCCCAACCGCUCCGCGGCAUGUGGGAUCUUCCCGGACCGGGGCACGAACCCGCGUCCCCUGCAUCGGCAGGUGGACUCUCAGCCACUGCGCCACCAGGGAAGCCCAGCAGCUUGUUUUAAGCUUCUUUGAUUUCCAUCUCUGGGGCCUGUGACCCUCCAACCAGGCCCCACAAAAUGGAGUCUGAGAGCCUUUAGCUGGUCCGGCCCACACUUGUUUGAGUGGGUGGGUCUGUGACUACUGACAUGGUUACAGUCUCAGCUCGCCUGCUGGAGGCAUGGUUGACUCGGGGCUGGCAAACGUGACAUUUUAACCACCACUGCUUUGCUUACCAGCUCUGUGCUCUUGAUCAGGUUACCUCACCUCUCUGAGCUUGGAGAGCAUACUUGUCUCAGUUUAUCUGUGAGAAUUAAAGAGAACAUGUUCAAGUGCUCCAGCAGCACCUGGCGGCACGUAGUUGAUGCUUUUUCAGUGUUGGCCUGCCUGUCUCCCACAUUCACCUCUUCAGCGAUGCCACCAAGCAGCUUGAGGCCUAUUUCUGGUCUCUUGAGGCUUUUUAUGGAGGGAGAAAAAAAAAGACAAAAGCAAUUUCAGUGCUUUCCACUGAAAAAAACUGGGAACUUUAAUCUCAUGCUCCCUAUUUUUGGCAGCUUUGACCUCUGGUCUAAAUAAGCAUGACCAAAGGGCAUUUUUUUCUUAGAACGCUGUUUUUCAACCUCCUGAGCUAGGUACUUUAUGUCAACUCCUAGAACCUUAAAUCUGGAAGUUUUAGGGAGGAAUCUGAGAUCCUAUGAGGGGAAGGGACUUUAUUCAUGGUCAUUUGGUGUGCUAGUGCAAAGCGGGGAUCAGAACCCAGAUCUCCUUCUCCCACUUCUGCGUGACCCGCAGCCCAUUGCAGUGAAAACUGUGAAGGUUGUGCAUCUCUAGCUGACCACUCCCAGGGAGCCCAGCCUCUUCUGGGACCUGGGAGGCUGUGACCAGAUGGAUGGCAUGACGCAGACACUUGUGUCCCCAGGCCUAAGCGGCUGUUUAAAAACUUGGUUUGGAAGGGCCAAUAUUCUUGUGACUUCGAAGGGUCUGGCACUCCAGGUAGUAGUCUGAGAAAUACCUGUUCUCUUUCAAUUAUUAAUUCAACAGUAUUUGCCGGGUGCUUGCUCAGGGACAGGUGCCAUGCUAAGUGCUAGAGAGAUGGCAGCAAACAAAGUCAUACUGGAAAGGGAUUCUAAUCAUUGGCAACCCUGCAACCCUGCACUUACAUUUCUUUUCAAAGACAAGUGUCAUUUUUAAAAGAUAAUCAAAUUCUGACUGUCCACAUCUUACCAAGCUAAUGGAAAAUGUCAUCUCAGUCAUUCUUAUGCCUCCUCACCCCAGUUGUGCCUAGAUUCAGGAUUCUUACUUAACGUAGUUGUCAAGCAUCGGGAAACCCCUCUGGUCAUUUGUCAUGAUUAUGGCUGUGCCACCUGCUCUCCGUACCCAGUUGGUCCCCUUGGUCCAAGGGCCCUCUGCUUCUGGGCCAGUUUGGGGUGUAGGACCUUUAGUGAGGCUGGUUACCAGUUACCUUUGCCCUCCCAGGUCUUGGCAUUGACUGGGUCUUUUCAAGGAGCACACUCCAGAGAGGUGUGAAGGUGGAGGGAGGCACAAGACAUCCUCCAGCAAGUUUGUGUGGCCACUUUUGGUGUUGGCACAUCUUGGUGUCUCAUUCUUAACAUAAGGGAAAAGUGAGACUAUGAUGCCUUCUCCACCAGCCAAGCAGCAUAGAAAACACCUUUGGGAAUUUGGAGUAAACCUUAUCAUCAUGUGGCAAGGGAGAGGCAAUGUGAAGAGAGCAAAGAUCAGACUUGGGUUUGAAUCUUGGCUCUGCCUUUUACUACCCAUGUGGCUUUGAACAAGUCUCCUAAUGUCUGCAGUCAGAUAGGCAUCAGUCAAAUGAGUGUAAUAAUACACCUAAAGACAGUGUAUGCAGACCCCCUGCUGCCAUGUCUGCACUAGGUGCCCGGUGGACGGUUGCUUUUUCUGCUCCAGUGUGUGUGUUGUUGACAUAAGUGCCACCAGCCAGCAGUAGCCUGCACCUGAGGUUAAGGGUGCAGAAAGUGGUGUCCAAGGAUCUUUAGCAGAGAGGUUAAGAUGUUGUCAAGAAGGAGGGCAGGCUUUGUGACCUGGGUGGAGGAAAGUUGGCACCAGUUGAUCUAGAAUUUGAAAGAUGAAGAAUCUCUCCACCAGCCUCCCCUCUCUUGGAUGGUGUGUUUGCAGGAGAACACUUAGCAAAAACUUGAAAUGUGCUGAUAUGUGGCCUCCUGAAGAUUUGCAUGGCAAGGACAACCCUCAAGCCUUGUUUGUGCCUUGGAGCUUCCUUCUGGCUCACUGGGAACCAUAGAUUCUUUUACUUGGUUUGGUUGUCACAUUGUACCUGCUGUGUCUGCCAUCACUGACUGUGUUCACUCUCUUCCAGGGGCUCCACGGGCCUUACCCCUUCGGCCAGUCUUAAACGGGUGUCAGCAA